AUGCCUGGCAACAAGCCCAAGUUGGCACAGCUGGCCACGCCACUAACCAGCACGUUUCCUUCGGAGACGAUCUUUUCUGCUACGACUCCUCUUUCCGCCCGGCCCUUGUCUUGCAAAGAUCUUCCCAUCAAGACACCUAUCAGCCCGCCAACCGCCUACACGGACUUCCUGAAGGUCAUGUCCCUCAACUCGCCAGCCGCCUUUAAGCCAUCCACUUCUGGUGACACUACGCCCGAAUCUACUGCUGAUUCGGCGCCGUCGACCACUACAAGUGAAGAGACAGACGUCUCUUGCAAAUGUGAGCUCGAACACAAGGUUCCAGCCACCGCUCCCGCAAUUCCCCCGAGCCCCUUCACUCAGCUGCCAAUGUCUGCGCCUCCCACUGGCGCGAACUGCUUCCCGAGCCUCAAGAUCCCGCCUUCGCCAGCAGUAUCACACCUAGAUUCUCCCAUCAGCGCCAGCACUAUGCGCUCGCCAUUCAGCGCCAGAUCUGUCCACUCAGUAUUUGACUGGGAGGCAGCACUCAAGGCAAAGAGGCUAAACGACGCCAAGAAGCCGUCAAGGACGAGUGUGAAGCAUAUCCGUGAGGUUGUCACGCGGACAGUGACAUACACGCCAAGAAUGAACCCAGCGCCGAAAGGCAAGAGGAGGAAGGUGGAAUGA